AUGCAACUCCGGUGCUCGUUUUUGGUUUGUGCUGUGGCCCUUUUAGGCUUCGCGGUGGCCGAUGAACUCAAGAUUGAAGUUAUGUACAAGCCCGAAGUGUGCGACUUGAAGUCCAAGAGCGGCGAUAUGCUGACGAUGCACUAUACCGGAACGCUGACUGACGGUACCAAGUUUGAUUCCAGGUUGGUGUUUUUAAAAAAUUAG